UCGGGGGCAAGUCGGGGCUGAGGGGGUGGUCAUGGCGGCGCAGUGCUCGGGUUUGGUGCGGCGGACUUUCCCGGCGAUCGCUCUCUCUCUUCGGACCUCUUCUAGACUCCUCUGUACAGCAGCAAAACAGAAAAAUAAUGGCCAGAACUUAGAAGAUGACUCGAGUCAAAAUGAACAGAAGACAGACAAUACCACUCCAGAGAAGACAUUAACUGAAGAGAAGGUCAAAUUAGAAGAACAGCUGAAAGAAACUUUGGAGAAGUACAAGCGAGCCUUAGCAGAUACGGAGAACUUGCGACGGCGAAGCCAGAAAUUAGUAGAAGAGGCAAAAUUAUAUGGUAUUCAAGGUUUUUGUAAGGAUUUAUUAGAAGUUGCUGACAUUUUGGAAAAGGCAACAGCAAGUGUCCCAAAAGAGGAAAUAAAGGAAGAAAACCCUCAUUUGAAGAACCUCUAUGAGGGUCUUGUCAUGACUGAAAUCCAGAUUCAAAAAGUGUUCAAAAAGCAUGGUUUGCUCAAACUAGAUCCUGUUGGUACCAAAUUUGAUCCCUAUGAACAUGAAGCCUUGUUCCAUACUCCAGUAGAGGGGAAAGAGCCCGGCACCAUUGCACUAGUAACCAAAGUUGGGUAUAAGCUACAUGGGCGAACCUUGAGACCUGCUUUGGUAGGUGUUGUUAAAGAACCAUAGCAGUCUAACUUUCUGACUCUUUCUUCCCCACACUCAGAUGCCAUACAGUUUAUUAAAUGGAUAUUUUCUCCUUCAAACACUUUUCACAUUUUCUCACUCUUCAUGGAAGUAACCAGUGGCCCAACAGAAAAUUCACCCAGUCUUGAAAUUGCAUUAUUUAAUGAACUGAAUAAUUUGAAAACUCUGCAAAUUGAUUUUAGUAUUGCAUAUUUGAAAAACAGAGCCUCUGAGGCACUCUUGUACAUGUAUAGUAUCUUGAAUAAUGUUUUAUCUGUUAAUAACCCUGGCUACUUAAAAGGUAUGUUCAGUGAAUAAAACACCUCCAGGAAUUCUAGUGUGACUGUCCAGACAGGUUUAUGGGUUUGUUUGUUGUUGUUUUUUACUUCUUUUAUCAUCCUGGAUUUUUUUUUCUUUUGUACUAUGAAAAGAUUAUGAGAAAAGUGCUUUGAAAUUUAUAAAAUGACUAGAUGAAACCAACAGAUUUUCUCUCUGCAACAAAUUUUAUAAUAAUCUUUGAGAGAAGUAUACUUUGGCUCCUUGUUUAUGUUGCUGUCUUGCUGCCAAAAAUUUUGGUGGCUUCUAGCUUUUCCUUGGGAUAUAUUGAUAUGUAUAUAGUGCUGUUUAUUCUGAACCAUUAUGUGAACUUCAAAAAAGAAGCUAUUUAAAUAAUAUCUAAGUACUACAUAUUAUCCAACUAUCACUAAUAAUUUUCCCAGUAUUUGGGUUUUAUUUCAGACCUUUAGGUAAAUAAACCAUUUUUAGUAGUCCUUUUCAUUUUUACAGCUAUCACUUUGCCAGUUAAGUAAUUUGAUUUGGCCCUCAAAAUCUGGGAAAAUGUUUGCAGUCUUUUGGAGUGUUGUAUUUAAAAGUAGAAAUAUGUUGAAAUCAGUGUCUGAAAUAAUCUCAACAAAUGUAUUUAAUUUUACAUUCCUUAGUAAGUUCUGCUUUCCCAGAGUUUAGGAACCAAGUACUACUGGGUGUGGUUUUUAAAACAUUGUUUGAAUUUAUUAUUUAAAAGGAUUAAAGCCCUAACUUGUGCUAAUUUUCCUAUUUUCUGGCAUUUGUUUUCUAUUUGUUGGGUUAUGUUCUUGUUACAAUUGUAAUGGCCUUUGACAUUUCAAAACUAAAAGCCCUCAAAUCAUGUUAUUUAACUCUUAGCUUUUUUACAUACACAUUUUAACUGCUGUACCAAUUACAUGAACUUUGUUUUCAAUUAUAUUCAGCAAACAUGCAUCUACUGCUUAUGUGAUCCUCAGGGAAUAGAUUAAAAAUGACAAUUCCUGCCUUCAGAGUUGACAGUGGUAGACAUGACAACUCCACCUUGCAUUGUUUUGUGUAUAGGAGCAGAAGACAUCUAAAAUGUUUUAAGAAAAUUUCAUUCAACAUUCUGAGUUGGAGGUUUUCAGAGAAGACUACAUGAGGAGGUGGCGGCCCUUACCCUGAAGACAAGACAUUAAUAUUCUCAGAGAUGUGAGCUUGUAUUCUAGGCAUGGGAGAAGGAAGGCCUGAAUGAACAUGCAGAAGUAAGGGAAUGGCUAGCAGUUUGCCUGGAAAGUGGAGUACAUGAAGAGGAGGAGUAAUAUGAAAUCCAACUGAAAAAGUAAAUAAAUGGCCUUAAAAUACCAGGCU